AUGGCGUUGUUAAUAUGCAAGCCGCGGAACGGAGCCGGAGAGGAACGAGGUGGUCCGAAGAAAUUGUAACGGGAUUGUAAUAUAUGUAUAUCCGUACCUAGAGAGGAUACGAAACGUGAUGGAGGAAAGGUGGAGAAAGAGGAGAGGAAGACGACCCACGCGCCUCAAUAA